AUGAGCUCGAAUCAGUUCCAGUCGUCCCAGGGCAGCCAGAAGCCUGAUACCAAGGCUCCUGCCGUUGCUGAACAACCCAAUACCAGCAUGCGCAGUAACUCUUCUCUUAACCCCGAUAGUGCCCCUUGGACCCCAGCUUUGGUUCCUGAAGGCAUGCCUACUAUUUCUCAGCAGGCCCUUCAUGGCUUUCAUAAUUCUUACAACUUGCAUCAGUCAGAGCCCCUGAAAACGACUGAGUAUGUCGGUAACAUGCAAUCCCGCACUCAUUUCGGUCAGCAAGUCGGCCAAGAAGCUGCCGUCGUGCAUAAUGAACAUCAGCAAGAUGCGGAGAUGGUCGAACCCCUCUACCGGACCUUGUACGAUCCCAGCGGCAUGGUGAUCCCUCAAGAGAAUCUUCUUGACACUGCCGGUGUCUCUAGCACUAUCUCUGGUACUCAUGUCCCAGGCCACAUUGUUGGCCUUGGAGGCCCUUCUGGCUUCCCGCCCCCCAUCCGUCCAUUUGAACCAGCUCAUGGAGUGAUGAACUCACAGCCUGGCAUCGAGGCGCCCGAUAUUUUUGGUUCUGAUGGCACCGAUAGGUACAUUGACCGGACCGGCUUCAUGGGAGAGACGGUUCACAACAUUGGACUACCAUCGCUUGCUGGAAGCCCUUUGAAACAUUCCUACAGCAACAAGGACGGAACUGCCGGUAAGAUCUCGUUGCCUUUCCCUUACGGCUUCUCUCAGCCGACUCAACGAGGCGGCCUUGUCACCAGCCAUUCAGCUGGCAUCAUUGACCUUGACAUGACUCCGACCCCUAUCCGAGCUCGGUCCUUGCAAUCUCAGGAUACUCCUUGCACUACUCGUUCUGCAGGCUUGAACACUAUCUACAAAGUCCCCACCGGAUAUCAAGCCCCCCCGGCUUCUGAGAACCGCAUCACUGGUCCCCAGACUGUUGGUUUGCGUGGUGUUACAGCCCCUCCCCCUCGAUUCAACCUUGACUCGGUCCAAGGUAAUGGCUCCGUCGAGAGCGUCCAGGUCGAGCACGACCCUUUUUCAAGCCCUACUAUUCGCACCAGCCUCGUCCUUGCGAACCACUCAACUGGUCAUCCUGACAAUUUCCAGUCGAUCACUGUCCAGCCAAUGCUGGAAGAUAUCAGACAACAGCGUUCCGUUGGUCUCAAUAACCUCACGAACAGCUGCAAUGGCCUCCCCAGCGCCGCGGUCGCUUUGGCCACUGCGAACUUCCCAUUCAUCGUGACUGCUGAACAACCCAGAGUUCCUGAUCGUGGCGUGGUUAAGUUGCUCAACAUUCCCUUCAUUACCACUCGUGCCGAAGUCAUUGCCUUCCUUGGCCGCAAUUCAAAAAUCCUCAACGACUUUGAAGAGCCUGUGCAUAUUAUCAUGGACAGGGUUUCGAGCAAGACUAACGACGCCUAUGUCGAAUUUCAGACCAUGGCCGACGCCGUUUCUGCUGUCGAUCGCUUCGUUCUGAACUUUAGCAAGGGCAAGGUAGGUCGCCUGGGAGACCGCCCCAUCAGCGUUGAGCUCUCAAGCCAGAGUUCUCUCAUGAAGGACCUGUUUCCUUUUGCUUCCGGACUUCGCUGGGAGGGCAUUCAUCCGCACAUGACAGGCCGCCGCAAAGAUGGCGCUCCCUAUGGUCAGUUCACGGGCUUUGUGACAGAGGAGGAGAUGAUCAUGCUCGUCAAGCAUGUCGAGAUGCCCAAUAGAUCUCCCUUCGCCAAGGAAUGCCCUCAGCGUGCGUUCGAGUGCCUCAUCAGCACGCUGAAGAAGCUUCCUUGGGACUGCCACGACUUCAUCACGGUGCGCCAGCGCGCGGCCAUCCAUCGAGCUACUGUGGAACUCGUGCGCAUCUUGUUCUUUAAAGUCCGCAACCAUGUCGACGAGGUGAAUCUUACAUCGCAGCUGCUGAAACGGCUGGUGCUCAGCGCCAUGACCUGCGCGGGGUUUACCCCUCUUCAGAAGGAUGACAUUGCCUACAUUGUCGAGAUGGACUCCAUGCAGUCACGAUCGCACGGGCAACCUCGUUUUGCUGAUUCUUGGUGCCAUCUCUACGCACUGAGCCCGAAGCCUGACGUGCCGCUGGACGUGCUCGAGUGGUACAUUGCUCUUAUUCGUGAGGAGACGAACCGCACCGUCGCCGCCCUCCCCAUCGGCCACCGAGCUGAGCUGGAGCGCUUAGCUGGCUACACUGAUGGAUACUUUGGCUACAUGUGGGCCGAGAUCCAGCGUCCCUUUGGCGCUUUGACCGACCAGAUGACUCUGGGCGCCUGCGCCCGUGCUGAGAUGAUGGCCAUUGAGCAGAUAAUUCGCCGUGCACUUGACGGCUGA